AUGGAGGGGUCCUCUGUGCUUCUCUGCAAGGGCUGCACCCCCUGUCAGGGGCUCCUGCUCACAGCCUCCCUUUUAACUUUCUGGCACUUGUCCACCACUGCCGAUGUGACCAUUGAAUCACUGCCACCCCUAGUGGCCGAAGGAGAAAAUGUCCUUUUCCUUGUCCAUGAUCUGCCAGAAAAUCUUAUGGCCUUAGCCUGGUUCAAAGGACUAACAGAUAUGAACCAAGGAAUUGCGGUAUAUACACUGCACAACAAUUUAAGUGUGACAGGGUCUGUGCACAGUGGCAGAGAGACAAUAUAUCACAAUGGAUCUCUGUUGCUGGAAAACGUCACCCAGAAGGACACAGGAUACUACACUCUACGAACCUAUAACAGACGUGCAAAAAUCGUAUCAACAACAUCCAUGUACCUCCAAGUGCACGCCUUCCUUUGGAAGUGUGGGCGCCUUGCUACCUCUGCCCAGCCCAGUAUUGAAUUAGUGCCACCCAGCGUUGCCGAAGGGGGAAGUGUUCUUCUACGCAUUCACAAUCCCCCAGAGAACAUUGUAGGCUUUGUCUGGUUCAAAGGAACGAUUCACUUCAAGAACGUUGUGGCUACCCACUUUAUAUCAGACAGGAAGUCAACUGUGUGGGGGCCUGCAUACAGUGGCAGAGAGACAUUGCACAGUGAUGGAUCCCUGUUGCUUCACAGUGUCACUCAGAGAGACGGUGGAUUGUACACCCUACGAGUUCUGAGAAUAGACAUGGGAAAGGAAGAAGCAGAAGUGCAGCUCCAGGUGGACACUUCUCUUUUUCUGUUCUGUAACCCUUUUACGUCUUCCCAAAUCAUGAUCCAACCGGUGCCUCGGUAUCCUGCUGAGGGGAAAAGCGUACUUCUCCAAGUUCACAAUCUUCCAGAAGAUCUACUCACCCUUGUCUGGUACAAAUCAAAGUUUAGUACUUCGGUCCUUAAAAUUGUAGAAUAUAGCAGAACCAUCAAUUCCAUUUCCUGGGGGCCUGCACACAAAAGAAGAGGGAUGGUGUACAAUAAUGGAUCCUUGAUGCUCCAGGAUGUCAAUGAGAAAGAUGCAGGAAUGUACACACUAGAAGUUUUAAAGAAGAAUUCCCAAACUGAAAAAGCAUACGUGGAAUUUUAUGUAAAGAAGUAUGUGACGCAGCCCUUUGUUCAAAUCACUGAUACUACAGUCACAGGAGGUACAUCUGUGAUCUUCACCUGCAUUUCACCCGACACUGAUAUCUCUAUCCGUUGGAUCUUCAAUAACCAGAAUCUGCAGCUCACAGAGAGGAUGACUUUGUCCCCAACCAAGUGUGGACUCAGAAUAGAUCCUGUCAGGAAUGUGGAUUUUGGAGAGUAUAAGUGUCAGAUCUCCAACCGAUUCAGUUUGAAGACUAGUCUCCCAGUCUUCUGGCCGAGAUGA